AUGAACGGCUUCGAGAAGCACGGCCUCCAAGAGGACAACUUUGCCGCAAACGGCAGCAUCGUCAGCACCUUUGACGCCUUUCCCAAGUCGAAACCCCAAUAUGUAACGCGCACCUCGGGCGGCGGCAAGUGGACCGUCGCCAUGGCCGUCGUCUCCCUCGUCCUGCUCUGGAGCGAAAUGGCUCGCUGGUGGCGCGGCUCCGAGGCCCACGCCUUUGCCGUCGAGAAGGGCGUCUCGCACUCGAUGCAGAUCAACCUCGACAUCGUCGUCCGCAUGCAGUGCGGCGACCUACACGUCAACGUUCAGGACGCCGCCGGCGACCGCAUCCACGCCGCCUCCAGGCUGCACACGGACCAGACCAGCUGGGUCCAGUGGGUCAACGCGAGGGGCGUCCACCGCCUCGGCCGCGACAGCAACGGCCGCGUCGUCACCGGCGCCGGCUGGCAGAACCUGGCCCACGGCGAGGAGGGCUUCGGCGAGGAGCACGUCCACGACAUUGUCGCCGCCGGCAAGAAGAGGGCGCGCUGGGCAAAGACACCCCGCGUCCAUGGCCCGCCCGACAGCUGCCGCGUCUACGGCAGCCUCGACCUCAACAAGGUCCAGGGCGACUUUCACAUCACCGCCCGCGGCCACGGCUACAUUGAGGAUCUCGACCACCUGGACCACAGCAAGUUCAACUUUUCCCACAUCAUCUCGGAGCUGUCGUACGGCCCCUUCUACCCCUCUCUCGUCAACCCCCUCGAUCGCACCGUCAACGGCGCAAAGGCCCACUUCCACAAGUUCCAGUACUACCUCUCCGUCGUCCCCACCGUCUACAGCGUCGGCUCCAGCUCCAUCUUCACCAACCAGUACGCCGUCACCGAGCAGUCCAAGGAGAUUAGCGAGUUCUCCGUCCCCGGCAUCUUCUUCAAGUACGACAUUGAGCCCAUCCUCUUGUCCGUCCACGAGCACCGCGACGGCAUCCUCGCCUUCCUCGUCAAGCUCAUCAACGUCCUCAGCGGCGUCCUCGUCGCCGGCCACUGGGGCUUCACCCUGUCCGAGUGGGUCCGCGAGGUCCGGGGCAAGAGGCGGCGCGUCAGUGGCGGCGAGGGCAUGCUCGGCAACAAGGAUGCCUACGAGUAG